UGGAGCCCCCUUUCAGACCCGGCAGCGAGUUUAUAAGAUCAAUAAGAGACGCACCGACAGGGUGAUGAGGCCUUCAGCAAGCUGCGAGGCUGUCCUUUGCAGGUAGCUGCUGCCUGCCGCCACUUCCAUCGCCGGCUAUGGCCAAGAGAUUAGCAGCAGCAUGGCUAGGGCUCACAUUGGUCACAUGGUUGGCAGUUGCUGCGGCAAUGGAGGAUGACGACAAUGUCCUCCAUAUUGGAGGAAUAUUUCCAAUCGGAGGAGAAGGUGGAUGGCAGGGUGGACAGGCCUGUGAACCAGCUGCAAACCUAGCUCUUGAAGAUGUCAACAACAGGAAAGACCUUCUCCCUGGAUUCACACUCAAACUGCACUGGAAUGAUAGUGAGUGUGAACCAGGACUGGGAGCAUCUGUAAUGUACAACCUGCUGUACAAUAAGCCUCAAAAGCUGAUGUUACUUGCUGGCUGCAGUACUGUCUGCACAACUGUUGCAGAAGCUGCCAAAAUGUGGAACCUUGUGGUGUUAUGCUACGGAGCUAGUUCCCCAGCUUUGUCAGACCGCAACCGGUUUCCAACGUUGUUCCGCACUCACCCUUCGGCCACCGUUCACAACCCUACAAGAAUCAAGCUCAUGGAGAGAUUUGGAUGGUCACGCGUUGCUAUUUUGCAGCAAGCUGAAGAAGUUUUCAUAUCGACUGUGGAAGAUUUGGAGGCACGAUGCAAAGAUAAAGGAAUAGAAAUAGUGACAAGACAGAGUUUCUUGAGUGACCCCUCAGACGCAGUGAGAAACCUGCGCAGGCAAGAUGCGAGGAUAAUAGUCGGCUUGUUCUACGUGGUGGCUGCAAGGAGAGUUCUAUGCGAAAUGUACAAACAAGAGCUGUACGGCAAACAAUAUGUUUGGUUUUUCAUAGGUUGGUAUGAAGACAACUGGUUUGAAGUGAAUCUGGAAAAAGAAGAGAUCUCAUGUACAAAAGAAGAGAUGAGAAUCGCUGCUGAGGGACACAUCACAACUGAAGCGCUCAUGUGGAAUCAGAAUAAUCAGAGAACUAUAUCGGGAAUGACAUCAGAGGAUUUUAGAGAGAGACUGAAUGAUGUGCUAAGGAAAUCUGGAUAUGACAUUGAUCAUCUCAGAUAUCCAGAAGGCUACCAAGAGGCUCCAUUGGCUUACGAUGCAGUGUGGUCGGUUGCAUUGGCAUUUAACAAAACAAUGAGUCGUCUUCAUCGCCAUGGAAAAUCUCUGAAGAAUUUCACUUAUACCGAUAAAGAAAUUGCAGAUGAUAUCUAUUCAGCAAUCAAUUCAACACAAUUUCUUGGAGUUUCCGGAAUUGUGGCUUUCAGCUCCCAAGGAGAUCGUAUAGCUUUAACUCAGAUAGAACAAGUGGUGGAUGGGAAGUAUGUCAAGCUAGGUUACUAUGAUACCCAAAUGGAUAACUUGACUUGGCUCGAUCGUGAAAGAUGGAUAGGUGGGAAAGUGCCUCAGGAUCGUACAAUCGUUCGCCGUGUUCUCAGAACAUUGUCAGUGCCUCUGUUCAUUUGUAUGUGGACCAUUUCCAGUGUUGGGAUAUUAGCGGCCAUUUCUCUUAUUGUUUUCAACAUUUGCUACAGACAUCGUAGAGUGAUACAGCUUUCACAUCCAGUAUGUAAUACAAUAAUGCUGGCCGGAGUUAUAACAUGUCUUUCGAGUGUCUUCCUCCUGGGUUUGGAUGGCCAGUUUGUCUCGCCAGAUGUCUAUCCAUACAUUUGCCAAGCGCGAGUUUGGUUUCUCACACUUGGCUUCACAUUAUCUUAUGGAGCAAUGUUCAGCAAAGUAUGGAGGGUUCACAGACUAACAACAAAGGCCAAAUCUGAUACUACGAAGAAAAUUGAACCAUGGAAACUGUACACAAUGGUUACUGGACUGGUGGUGGUCGACUUGGUACUUCUGCUGACUUGGCAAAUCGUUGAUCCUUUGCAACGCAGAAUUGAGUUAUUCCCUCUCGAGAAUCCUGUCUCAACUGACGAUGAUAUUAAAAUCUUACCUGAACUUGAACAUUGUGAGAGUGUCAACAACAAUAUUUGGUUGGGACUGAUGUAUGGCUACAAAGGGUUAGUGCUUGUGUUUGGUCUGUUCCUGGCCUAUGAAACGAGGAGCAUCAAGGUGAAGCAGAUCAACGACUCUCGCUACGUCGGCAUGUCGAUUUACAAUGUGGUUGUGCUCUGCCUGAUCACCGCCCCCGUCACAAUGGUCAUUGCCUCCCAGCAGGAUGCCAGCUUCGCUUUUGUUGCAUUGGCCCUCAUUUUCUGCUGUUUUCUGUCAAUGGCAUUGAUUUUUGUACCCAAGGUUAUUGAAGUGAUAAGACACCCACGUGAUAAGGCUGAAUCGAAAUACAACCCGGAUGUUGGCGUUUCCAAAGAAGAUGAAGAUAGGUAUCAAAAGCUGCUCAUUGAAAAUGAUGAAUUGCAACAACUCAUUGCACAAAAAGAGGAGAAAAUCCGGCUGCUGAAGAUCAAACUGGCAGAACGUGACGCGUUGAAAGGCGGUGUGGUGGGACCGGGAGGGGGUGGCGGCCCUGGGGGCAUGGGCCCCCCCACCACCGACCAGAGCAGCACCCAUCUAACGAAGACUCAAGACCGUCAUCUUAGAUUACAAAACAUUGAAUUCAUUCAGGGAGGGCAGGGAGGCGAUGCACAACUGUGAGAAACCUGACUGCAAAAGCAACGUACAAUGAAUCAAAUCAAACCGUGAUCUCCUUUUUUAGAAUAGUUGGAACCUUCAAACCUUUAACUACUUUCACAAAAUAUAAUUACACAGAAAACAGUUUUGAUCUAGUCCCCAUGAUUUUUAAAUACCACAUAAUUAUAGACUAGAUGAUCUAUCAAAAGUAAAAAGCUAAUAUUUUCGCUCUCAGAAAAGUAAAUGAUAGAAAUAAUAUUGUUAACGCAUGAUGAGAAAAGGGAAUUAUUUCGAUAAAUAUAAUAGGGGAUCGCCAGGGACCUUCAUCUAUCAAUACAGAUUGAGUGAUUCAAGCACGUCAUUUCAAUACAUCAUUCUUAUUUUUGCGAUUAGUUGAUAGGAUCGUUACCAGGGACCUGUUCCAAAAUAGAAGCCUACAAGAAUACAUGCUUUCUUCUAUACAAUAAGUAUACAGUAUCACAAGUCUCUGGACGUAGCAUACAAGUAUCAACUAAUGACAGGUGGCAUAUUGGGCUGUAGCCUAUAACUCACGUAGCCUACAGUAUUUGAAGACAAAAUUCUCUAUACGGAAAUAGGGUAUUCCUAUUUCCAAUCUCUUAUUUUCUUUCCCAGGACCUCUAAAUUCUAUUCUUUAAACUUUAUUCCAUUCUAUUCUUACGAAACAGGCCACAGAAAUAGGUUCUAACUCAGGAAUCAGGAAUUCUUAACUUUCCAUAAUCAAUAUCAAAUUUCAGAAGAUUUAAAAGUGUCUUAGAAAAGUAUUGUUAAAUCACACAUCUGUAUUGAUCAACGCUGAGGUCUCCCAGGCUCUAAGAUCUGAAGUCUCUCAAAUGCAAAGCCAAUUUAAAACCUAGAACUAGACUGAUCAACUAACAAAUGUAAUAGUUUGAUGUUCAAUGUUUUUAAUGUCUAGCUUUAUCCAAUACGUAUGUAAUUAGGUAUGUCCAGCAUCAUGCAUGAUUGAAACUAAUAUUAUUAUAUGAAAAUUAUCCCUUGUGAUUGCAAUCUCGAAAGGGAUUUGCUUAGAGCUUAAACUAAUUAUUAUUCUAAGGUUGUGAAUGAAAUUCUUCAUUUAUUCUGAAAGGGUGGGUUUUGAUUUUUGGUAACCUGUUGAAGGGUGGAUGAGGGCUAAUAGCGAAUUUGAAAGUUACAGUAAGGAUCAUGAGAGCAGAACAUCAAUCAUAUCCCCAGCAAUAUUGUACAGAAAAGAUAAUUUGAUUGAAUUAUGAAAACAGUGGACGAGGUGACAUCAAUACCAAUAACACAAACGUUUUGGAUGAGUAAACAUAAUAUUACAGUGGUUCUAAACGUUGAAUGAGUUCUUCAAUCUUGGUAAUAUAUUAAUAACAGAAUUUAUAGACUGUUGAUAAAGUUGAUAAAGUUGAUAAAGUGAUCAAACUGGAUAGUUUGAAAUCUCUUCAAAAAUUAGAAAACAAUUUCCAUCCAAAGAAUCAUGAUUGAGUUAUCAAAACUUUCAAACUCUACUUUUAAUGAACUUGAACUUUUUAUAACCAUGCGAUUUCUGUAUUUAAAGAAAAAUAUAAAUACACAAAAACUGAUUAUUAAAUAUAAUUCAAAAACUUGAACUAAAUUCUAACAAAACUUAUAGCCUGAACUAGAAGCUUAUAAUUUGCAUCUGAGAAACUGAAACUUCGAGCUAUCCUCUCAAAACUGCAAUCUGAAUGGAAAACAGGAAAUAAAUUUCCUUCAUCUGUCAAACGAGUGAUUCCAUCAUCACUAAUAUCAUCACCAUAAUCACCAUCAUCACAGAUGUCAGAAAUUAUCAUUUUCUGCGUGAACAGAAAAAAGUGCAGGUAAAGGGAAUCAAUACUAUUAAAUACUAACUGAAUAAGGAUUGAAACGUUAGGAAUGAAUUCGACAUGUUGAUCAAUAAUUCAAAUUUUUCAAAUUACUACCUUACAUGAAUACUUGAUUUAUGAAUAAUGUCAAUUAUGAAGAAAAUCUGCCUAAUUUAGUGGUGUUAGAUUAAUACAGAGUGAGCGUCACUAGAAGUGCUUUGGAUCAGGUAACUUUUGAAUCCUUCAGAAAUCAUUACAAUUAGUAUCUCAAAAGUUAUAUUCUAGAAAAAUAUCUGGUUGAAUGAAGUGAAUCAAUUGGAAGUUAUACUUUAAUUUAGUGAGUUCAUUUCAUGGGAAAAGGAAUUAUUGGAAAUUCAAGAAUAUGGAAAUUUGAUGAGGGAAUGGGUUAGUAUUAUUGAAUGUGAUUCCGAGGUCUGUGAAAGAGAUAAUGAUUACUCUUGUUAUAGUCUAUUCUCUCAAUGAAAUCAUCGCCAAAGCUAGAAAAUUCAUCAAUACAUUGACAUUCAGAAAUAAUGUCCAUGAUUACGAAUAAUCAUGAUAUGAAGAAAGUUGUUGAAAAAUAAUUAGGAAGGCACCGCACAAAAGCUUUCACUGCAUAAAGUACCUACUUUAUGCUUUAAUCGAUAUGAAAAGUGUACUCAUUUCUCUCAUAUUGUGCCUAGAUAUCACGGUAUCACAGUGAGGUAUUCUGAUUCAUUAUUGGUCUCAGCAGACAGUAUUCAGAAGAAUUAUAUCUUCAAGAUAUAGUCAUGUGAUCAUGUCAACAGAAAGGUUUCAAAAAAAGUUGUCUAUGAAAAGCCUCACCACUGACACAAUCAGAUAGUUUUGGAAUUCAGGUAUUAAACAUAACAUUUCCGUAGAAUCUAUGGUAAGAUUUCAAUAGAAUCAUAAAGUGUAAAAAUUCAUGAAGGAAUUUUCUAUAAAAAGUUCUUUGAACUGAAUUUGUGGCGGUUUUAAACCUACAUGAUCAAAUAAGUUGUAAGACGUUUUAACCAAUAUAAGAAAGUAUAAAUGAUACAAAAAUUGACGUUUAGUAAUGAAAAGCAGUAAAGAGGAUGAGAAGAGAAAAUCAAUUUGGCUGAUCCUAAUGAAGUAUUUUUUUGUAAUGAUUUCUAGGUUAUUCAAAAUAAAAGAGUAGGAUUUUAAAUUUUAAAUGUCCUCAUUGGGUGUGAGACAAUUAAUUUAUCAUUCUCAGCAGAAAAUUUUGAUCGGGAAGUGACUGAAUUUGGGGAAUCCAAUCAUUAGAAAAAAUUUGAAUCAUUUCAUAUAUCGAACAGUACAACUUGAAAAAAAUUAUGUAGGUCUAUAUAAUAAUAAAAUGUUAGAAUUAUAAGCAAUUAUGUUUUAAAAAGUUAUGUUCUUGCAAGUCGUAAGAUUGAAAUUCGUUGAUUAUUGGAAGUUUUAAAAAUAAAUUACAGAUGUUAAUUAUUAUAGAAGUGUUACCUAUUAAAAAUUUUAUCUGUAUCUCUAGAUAAGUGUGAUUAUUUUUGAAAAGUUAUUCCAAUUUAUUACCGUUUUAAUAAAACAUAUGUUGAUUGCAA